AUGGCAGCACAGUCUCUCGCGAGACUGUUUGAUGGUACACCAGAGAGCAUUGACGUUCUCUCCAACCUAGUUGACAAGGGCCAAAUGCUCUCUGGCCGCUCUGCCAAUGCUCUUCAAAAGAAUAAAGGGGAUGCGGAAUGGGUCAAUGACUUUAUUGGCGCCAUUUUUGCCUUCGCAGUCCCCCAAGCUUGGCGAGCGUCUGGGAGGCAGGCCUUUGUGCUUGAUUCUGGGGCUGCAUGUGAUAAAGAGCUUCCAAGCAACACCUUUAUUACUCCCCACACAGCGAAAAGAAGUCGAGCGUGUAUCGAUGGUAAGUUCUACUUCCUGGUCAUGCCACCAAGUGAGCCUAGUGAAAAGUGUGUGCAACGCGGAGGAGGUUGCAAAAAGACUGGCUGUCUACCAGACGUAUGCCACGCAAACCAGUUCGUCACGCCGCCCGGUAUCGACGCAUUGACAGGGAAGGAUGCAGAUUUUGGCAAUGUCACAGUUGCAAUGAUUGUCUCUGGUUCGUUGAAGACUUUUAAAGCGAAUGGAAAUAAAAAUGGGGGCGGUUUGUUGAAGGUAGACGACGUCGGCAGCGUUACAGAUCUUUUCCUCCGCGUUUUUGUCAGGCUGUGCCUAGAGCGCUCUCCAUGUGGUUGA